AUGUCGUGCUCUGUGGACGACAGCGAGCUCGCGCGUCUGGAGAAGGAGCUUCUCGACGGCCCUAUGGAGUCAGUGUUCUCGGACUCGAAGGAGAAUAAUAGCGAGGACAAAGACGUUAGGAGCAGCAAAAAAAAGAACAGAGUCUACUUCAUCGGAAUGGUCGGUCUCUUCCUCAUCGUCAUAGUCUGCCUCAGCAUAUUCUAUUCGGAAGAAAAUUCGGAUGACAACGGGCUACACCGCGGGAGAGAAGACCUUCUGAAAAAGAAAUACAACUCAGAAUCUCCCUUGAAAUGCGUGCGACCGAUCCCCAAGAAGACUGAUUUUGCUGGUGCCCUUAAGGAGGCUCCAGAAAUAGCUCGCAUGGAGUAUAAAAAACUGCGCACACGAGUCAACAUCGACAAAAGCUUCUGGAUCAUUUCAACAAGUGCGCGGCGGGCGUCUACGCUAGGUUUCUAUGAUCGCCUUCCGCUGGUGGCGUCUGGUCUGGCAGCUCCACCCAUCCUAGAUGAAGGUCUUCCCAGGAAAUCCUUCAGAAUUCAAGUCGAUGAGAUCUCGCUGAGGGCCGACGCUGAGGUGCUGCCCAAUGCCCUCAAUCUCAUGGCGAUCGCACGCAGCGAAAAUCGCGCGGGUCGUUCUCAGCGUUCGGAUCUCUACAUAGAGCAAGCCAUGGAAGUUUUGUCGAUCGGAGUUGAGGCAAAUGUAACCAGAAGAAGAGAAAGAUUUUUGAGAUCGUUCGGUGAGCCGCUGAAGGUGGUUCACAAUUUCCAUCGCUUUCCGGUGGAAGAGCCAGUUCGAUCAGCGGAUCUUCCCUGGAAUGAAGUCUGCCCAGCGCUCAUGGGACCGAAACUGACAACAAAGAUCGUGGAAAAGUCUCAGCGCAAGAAACUCACCGAGGCGCUGGUUAAGGAGGCAAAGGCCAAAAGGACGCAUGGCAGUUCGAAGAAAAUGAAGACAUAUUUGUCAAAGAGAGAUAGGACAGUUUAUCAACAUCUCAUUAGGGUCGAGAAACAGCUAGCUCUCCAUGAGGAGUCCGAAGCACGAGCUGGUAGGCUAGCUCUAUUUCAAAAAAACUGGGCUGCUCUUUCAAAAGACCCCUGGGUACGUGAAACGGUGCAAGGCUACGAGUUAGAGUUCUGUGACCAAAUCCCCCAAUGCUUCUUGCAGUACGCAUGCCCAACUGACUCUGAAUCUGACCUUCUAGCGUCGAAGUGCAGGAAAUGCUAA